GGACGGGCAGGCUCGCAGUCGAUGCAGGCGUCGCUCAACCCUGUUGCGGACUCUAUCUCCCAACUUGUGGUGACUGCCAUCAAGUUCCAGAACCACAACGUAGCCCCACCUCCAGCCAUCACGCUCGGAUGCGAAAAGGUGGGCGCCGCAGUGCAGACGCUGUGCUCUGUAGCCAUCUCCCAGACCGAAGUGUAUGCCGAGUACCCCGAGGUGGUGAGCGAUCUGAACCAAGUCUCGCAGUCGAUGCAUACAGCUGGGGAAACGCUGCUCGCGGUCACCCGUAAUCUCAGCAGCUACAAGGUGGGCAAGGCGUGGGCUGGUAUCAUCAAUGGGUGCAGAGCCAUUGGAGUCGCCGUCUCGGACUUCCUCAAGGCGCUCGACAAGGCUGCUGUCUCGCGCAUUGCAAAGGUUGCGCGCGAACUGAUGCUCUCGUUCAAGCAGCUGCGCGAUGUGUUGCCGCGUGGCAACAGGCAGGGCUCGCUUCAGGUGCUGCAGCACAUGAAGGCACUGGCUACCUCGCUGUGCAACCUCGUCGAGGCGCGCAUCACCGAGGUGGCAGACUUUGACAUGCGCGAUGAUCUGGAGCGCGGCGUGAGCUACGUCAACGGCGGGCUGACCCGACUGGCCAACGAGGCGGUGGUGCUGGUGAGGCAGCCGGGCGCUGAUCCAACGGCAUUCCACGAGGCCCUGGGCCAGCUGGCGCAGCUGGUCAACGCGCUCUCCAAGGCCGCAUCGCGCCCGCCACAGCCACAUAAGCGGCUGCCCGACUCGGUCGAGUUUGCCGAGCGCGAGUACCUCAAGCUCAUGGUGCAAAAGUCGCAGGCGGUGGUGACCAAGGUCCAGGCGACACCUGUGCAGGUGACCGAGGUCCAUGCCGAGGCGCACCAAAGUGUGCUUGACGAGAUCGAUGCCUUUGACGAUGACGGCGAGGACGAGACGUCGGCGUUGGUCUCGAUGGCCAAGAACCUGGCUUCGUCGAUGCGGUCGCUGGCCGACGCUACCACCGCCUCCGAGGUGCUCCUCUCGUCGUCCGAGGUCUCCAAACAAACGCAGGCGUUUGUGGCGCGGGCGUCGAUUGUCCGCAAGAACACGCCCGACGCCGCCGUGCGUGACCAGCUCGAGCGUGACAUUGCCACCGUCCAGUCGCGGCCGUCGCAGCUCCAGUUUGCCGCCGUCGAGGUGACCGACGAGACCACGCCUGAGCCCGAGCGCAAGAACAAGGUCCGCAAAGAGUCCGAGUAUCUUGCGUUGGCUGUCGCUGAGACUCUGCGUACACUCAAGGGUGAGGAGGCCGCCGCUGCCGCUGCCAAAAAGGCCGCAUCAGCGCCGAGUGCCGAACCUUGUCCUGCCGCUGCUUCCGCCUCGGAGCCAGAGCCUGUGGUCGAACCCGAGCAUGUGGCUCAGCCCGUAGCCGGGUCUCUGGCUGAGCCUGUGCCGUCUGCCGAGACGGAUGAGCUGGCCGAACUUCUGGGUCAACUCGAGCCGGAUGCCGAUCCCGAUGGCGAUGGUGGUGCUAACGCGGGGGCAAGCGCAAGUGCAAGUGCCAGCGCAAGUGCAAGCACCAACCCGGCCGACACCAGCUUGCAUGACUUGUUGGAGCAGAUCGACCUGGCCAAUGCUGAGAACGGAGAAAGCAAUCUGGCAGCACAAGAGUUCUCGGACCUCGACGCGCUGCUUGACACGCUGGGUGCCGGCACUGAAGGUGAGACCGAGGCUGAGGCCGAGGCUGAAGCCGAAGCGCAGCGCGCGGCCCGCAAAGAGUCUGAUGUGCUCAAUGCGGCCAUGGCAGCAUUGGAGACAGGUGCAGCGCCGUCGGAACCCCGCAGGUUGCGGCUUUGGCGAGCGAGACGGCUGCGGCAGUCGAUGAUCUGGACGCAAUGCUGGCAGCGCUAGGGCCAGAGGAUGGGGUCUCGGGUGGCAGUGGUGUGGAAGGCGGGCACGGCGACGACGACUUGGAUUCGAUGCUGGCAGCGCUGGAGCCUGCGGGUGGCCAAACGAGUAGCAACGGUGUGGGUGAUGCGCCCGCCAUGGACGAGCUCGACUCGCUGCUGGCGGCGCUGUGAUAGAGCGCACGGUAGUGUUACUUGUUUGCGGCGGCAAAGGCAGAUGCUGCCGACGACGAUAGGUGCGAUGCGAGGAUCGAGCUAAAGUCCGGAGUGGCUUCAUAGCAGGCCUUAGCAGUGGCUCGGGCAUGGGCGCGGACCUUGGAGUCGCGGUCCUUGAGCUGUUUGGCGACAAUGUCGAGGAGGUCGCCGACGUCGCGGGCGUGGAGGGCCCGGCUGCCGCGGUGGACAACGAGCUGGGUAAAAGCAUGGGCGACGGCGGC